AUGAGUGCCGAGGUCGAGCUGUUCACCACCUCGAUCCUCGGAAACCCCAAAACAAGGAGCCGACAUGACAGAUACAUUACUGUAUUGUCCGCAUUUAAGGUUUAUCAGAUUCCUUUCGUAUACCAUGACUUGGCCUCGGACGAAGAUGCAAAGAAACGCUGGCGCAGUAAGGCCCAGAAUCCACAGAUCCCUGGACUUCUUGUUCAUAACGAGUGGCGUGGAACGUAUGAAGAGUUCGAAGAGGCGGUCGAGCUUGGCGACCUACUGAACUUUCUACGCAUUGAUCCGAACCGACGCACAGCCCCUCCUGUGGCACAGUCUAUUCCACCCGUAUCCAGUCCCGGCCCUGCCUCCAAAUCCAAUGUGAAACUCCCGCCUGCUCCGACGCUCAUGGCGACCCCUGCGGCGCCUGGGCAAGGGGCGCGUAUCUUAAAAGACGAGGACCCAUUGGCGUUCUUGCCCCAAGGGACGACUGUGACUGACGCGGAAGUGGACGAGCUGUUGAAAGAACUGGAAAAACCACUACCACGGACGACUCGAAGGACAUAUGUUCCAUCGAGUCGCGCUCGUAUGGCGGAGCCAACCGCGCCCUCGCUUCUGGAGAGUAGCACACGUCCAUCUGAGAUUUCUGCUAGGUACAAUCCCGAAGAGCGCUCUACAAACAGUCUUGUAUCAGAAGCUGCCAAAGCUAUUGGCGUAGAGCCCAAGCCGCGAUCGUAUGCGCCACGUAUGAAGCUCAAUAAGAUGUCACUGGACCAAAUUAUGGCAGACCGACGCGCACGUAUGGCCCAGACUGAACAAUCUCGGAAAACGGACGAGCUCUUUGCCAGUCUGGGACUGUCUGAUGUGGUCAUCUCGGACAAAGAAGCGUACGAAUUCCUGGAGCAUGGUAAGGUACCUUCUGUGAAGCCAAAAGCGAUAGUCCAAGGCUCGGUAUCGACGCCCAAUGAAUCGUCAGAAGACGCUUUCGUACCCACGCUGGACCGUAUAUGGGCUUCGCUGCCAGAUUCAGUGCAAAAUGGCGAACGAGAGGGACCAUGGUCAUCGACAGAGCCUGUGGAGCAUAUGCCUGCGUUGCAGUUGGCGACGGCAUCGACGCUUACCAAAGACGAGGAGCCUCCUCCACUGCCGAAAUGGGAUGUAGAAGGGCCUUGGUCACAUACAGUGGUAAAAGAGGAACGACAUGCCAUGUCGGAGGAGGUGGACGUACCCAAGCUGGAUAAAGAGUCGCCAUCUGUCACCUCAGAGGGAUGGGAUACGGAGGGGCCAUGGUCCUGCAAGACGGCACCACCAGAGGAAGCCUCUAACGAUGACAAUGAGGCGCUUGAUCCGUCCCACGCACCCAAGGACACUGAUGACGCGUUGCCUCACGACGAGAAGGACGAUGUACAGAAGGAACAGGAAAGGCCACCGAUCGAGUCGGCAGAGCCCAGCGCGCCUUUGGCAGGAGAAAGGGACACUGGGUCUGCAGUGCUUGCAGAGACGGAGACUGACACAAUACCUACCACCACGACCGAGGCAAUCUCAGCGGGUACUCUCACGCCGCCUAUACCGCAAGAGACAGAGACGACUACUGCUAAGGAAGACGAGUCGCAAGCCGGAGACGAUGCGUCGCUUUUGAGUUUUGAUCAAUCUGUGAUGCCCCACUCAGCGUCUACAGACACAGCUGCUUGCCGUGUUCUCCCAUCCUUGUCGCACGACGAACCAUCGUUACUGGACGAUGACGAAGGAAGGGUCGAAGAUCCUUUGUGGGAAAACCAUAUGCAGUCGAAGGACAAUGGGCCGCCUCCGACCAACCUCCUGGCGCCAGAGCCAUCAUCGCCUCACGCUGAGGCAGAGCCGGAAACGAGGGAGAAGGUGGACGAGGCCGCCACACCGUCUUCGCCUCUGUUGGAUGCACCACUGCCUGCGUCGCUGCCAGCCGAGCCACUCAUCGAGGAGGGCCAAGAGGAAGGAGCCGCCUCCCCUGCGAUGCACGAAUCGAUGACGGAAGCGCCUCACGCCACGACAGCGACGCCCGUACUGGACCGGACGGAGGGUGUAUUGGACUCGGCACGCGAUGCACAUAUCGACAAUGCCGAGGCCUCAGUCACGGACACCCAAUCCUCUGAAGUGGAUGAGCUAAACGAACCGGAGAGUGUCCCUCGUGAAAAGUCGAUCGUUCCCGACGACGAGGCAGAUGGUGCUACAGUGCUGCCUCCUGCUGAGGCGGUGUCGGCUAGGCCCGAUACAUCUACGACUUUGCUCGACAAGUCAGAAGAGGUGCCGUCUUGGAGGGAGGACAGCGAUGAUGCUGCACCGGACGACACUGGCCCUCUUCCUGACGAUCGUACGUCUGGGCCAGUGAAUUUACGCACGAGCGACAAUCUCCUAUCUGUACAAGCCGACUCACUUGCGGAAGAUUGUGCGCCUGUGGAGGCAGAUCCGCCUACCAGCCAUGACGUGCCCUUGGCGGACCUUGCUUCGGCGGAGGCAAGUCCGCCUACGCAUGAUCUAGCCUCUACCAACGCCGACAAAGCGGUGAGCGAAGGCUUCUUGCCUGUCGAAUCAGACAAGUCUGCUACUGAUGUUAUGCCUAUCAAGGCAGAUGGACCUAGGAAUGAUCGUACAUCGGAAAAGGCAAACGGGUCUACCGAAGACGAGCUUACGUCUGGAAAGGCCGAUGGACCUACCAAAGACGAGCUCACGUCAGGCUACAGAGAUAAAGAGAAGGAUGCCUCAACGAUGCAGACGGACCUUGUGGGCGGCGUAGUCCCGAAGGAUACGCCUGUGCAUGCCUCCCAAGUGCCAGAGACAGAAACAAGCACCGAGCCAGCCAUGACAGAGGCCCAGCCGGAGACGGCCGAAGAGCCCGUGUCGUUCUGGCCAGUUGACACGCAGACAAAGGCAAGUGACGAACCGAAGCGCCUUCCAACGAUGACAGACACCGCCGAGAAGGAGCUGGGAUCGUCGUUCGAGGGCGACAAGGUGCUCGCUGCUACGGCAGAGCCAGGCGACACGGACGCCGAUCUCUCAGAGGCGCUAUCCACGCGAGACAACGUGGCGGUCGACGCAACCAACAGCCUGACCUCGCCGCAGGCUAACGACGUGAGCACGUCGCCGCCUAUGUCGCCGGACGUUAUGCCCACGGCUAUGGCCAAGGCACUGGCCAUGACGUCCGAAGAAGACGAUGGGAUCGUCAAUGCCGCACCUACCGCGGCCGGGGCUGGCACCUCUGUACCGUCCUCAAACGAGGUAGAUGGGGUGAAGGAUACACGUACGCCGACCACGCCGUCCAGCGGGCCCAGGGCUGCGCGGCGGCAUACGUCCCUGAUGGAUCGGCUGCGUAGUGCACAGCGUAGACCGUCGGUGGCCGACGCCAUCUUUGAUACCCCGUCGAGUUCGCAGACGUCUACGCCGUCCUCCCCUGCCGCUACAACCUGGUCUUCCAUGGACGCUGAUAUGGACGACAUGGGAGACACUACGACCAUUGUGCAUGCUUCACCAGCUCGAGGUCCUACAUCGCAGCGGGCGUUGUCAGAUACGUCCACGUCGUUCCACAAUCCAUUGCUCUCUGCCCUAGGCGUGGAGAAGGAGGAAGCAGUGCGGCCUGACGCACACGCCUCUGAUGUGCCUGUGCCUUCCGUGCGCAUGUCAGACACGGAAGGCAGUGAGGCCGAGAGCAGCUCUGAGCCGGACUCGGAAGAUGCUGUGCCUGAUCUAUGGGUGCCCACAAGCCAGGCUUCCCGGCGCUACGAGCCGUCCGCUGCACGAUAUGCGACACGGUCUGUGGCACACAGCGAUAGAGACGUUGCGUGGGAUUCGCCGGAAAUGGGGCAAGUACGUCCACUGUCGACGCCAAGUACGCCCAAGGCGGAACGCAGCGAUCCAUUGCACACGAUGACAUCGACUCCGCGCCUCUCUACGACAUCAUCGCCACGCACAAAGGACGCCGCGCCGACAACAGAGCCUUCGUCCACGGCCCCGCCAUUGCCGCCGCGAUCGUUGAGUACUGUGACAUCGAGCGAGAAAGAGAGUCAGACGUCCACACCGACGAAGCCUACCACGUCGCCUGCUCGUGCGCGAAGCAAAAGUGGCCUGCCGAAUGGUCAGUGGGGUCUGCCAGCCUCCUUGCUGGAGCGAUUCGGGCUGGGAUCCACCUCGUCACCGCCGACCACUCCGCCGCGAUCCACGUCCGAGACGCCUACCGACCGCAUAGCGACACCAUCCAGCAGUGGCAGUCCACGCCGCACGUCACGGCCUUUACCGCCGACGCCGACUACAUCCAAGGCACGCGAUACGCCUUCUCCACGUGGCCAACGACCGCCGCCGCUGCCGAAACGCAAAGAGACGAUGCAGCCGCCGCCGCUGCCCACGCGCUCCACCGCCGCCGCUACCGCGUCGCGGCCCACGGACGAGGCACGUGUAGAUGCGGCUCGACGCGCCGUAUCGAGCAAGCCCACGAAAGCGACUACGCCCAACAGCUCCGCUCCGCAGGACGCACUGUCGCGCUCGGUCUCACAGCCGGCCAAGGCUGGCCAGCACCGUCGUACGCUCAGUGACAUUAUGCGCGAAGCCGAUGAGAUGAUGCAUGAUUGGACAUAG